AUGGACGACACACCUCCAGCGGCAUCGCCGUCGCCUCCGCCUCCGCCGCCUCCGCCUCGUGCAGCCAGCCGCGGCCACAAGUACAGCUCCUCAUCGCCGGCUCUCAUCCACGCCUACGCAAACCGCCCGCUGCCGCCUCUUCCGCCGUUUUCCUACCCGCGCUCGGGAGACAUGCCGCCGCCGCCUUGUCGUACGCAAAGGUCGUCUAGGUCGGUCGACAUGAUGGACCUGGCACGGUCGCACGCUACCCGCAGCGACCAUUCGAGAAGCGACGCGGCGGCUUGUUCAUGGCAGGCCAGCGCCGAUGAUGCUGCGCCAGAUGCGGCCAGAGCUUCAACAACAACAACAACAAGUCUCUACCCGUCACCGAGAAAUAGUUUUGCCCCAUCGGGCCGAGGGAUGGCUCGCUCGUCACAAAAGAUCUUCCAGCUUACUGGUCUCGAUGUGGACGUGGACGUCGUGGACAGCCAAUCGAUAUCGUACCCGGGAGGCGACUCGGAUUCAUCGUCGACCAGAUCUCGCGUGCGCUUUGACGAUUCCGGGGCCCCGGACUUCUACCUCGUGCCGGUACUCGAGGCAGACAAUGACGAGUCUUCUAGCAGAGGAAGCUCGUGGGGCCCCGUGUCUCCCGAAGCGGCGUCCGUCCCGGCGCCCUUGAACAUUCAGAAACCUACCUUGGACGACUGUGACCGGAACUCGGAACACUUGGGCGCAUCCUUCACACAGCUGCGCUUGGAGGAGGAUGUGGUGCAUCCCUGGCAACCGUCUCGCAACAGCCACCUGAGCGGCAGUGGUGGUGAUGAUGAUGAUGAUGAUGACGACGACGACGACGACGAUGAUGAUGAUGAUGAUGAUGAUGGGUUCUUGGGCGAAUACCAUCGCUUCGCGGCCAACCUCGCCAGUCAAGAUUCCAUGCAACUGCUCCCUGACGGCGCGCUCGAGCGCGCGUCGUCAUCUCGGAAGGCGAAGCGGUCAUCUCUAAGCCUGGCGUUCACGACGGCGUCCCGAUUCUCUCGCCGCCGGGACCGCCACGACGGUGACGCGCCCCCGGCUUCGCCAAAGCUCGUGGGCACAGACAAGGGCUUGGCAAAGAAGCAGCAGCAGCAGCAGCAGCAGCAGCGUCAUCGUCAUCGUCAUCAUCAUCAUCAUCAUCAUCAUCACCAGCAAGAGCAACUCUCGGCGAAACACUCCGUUUCCGCUCGGUCCAUCUGUGCGCCAGACACCCCCAGGCAGCCCGCCGACGUUGCGCCUCCUCGGCCACCGCCCGCACCACCUCUGAUGAGCGCAUGGGACAGCGACUCGGACGAUGACGAAGCCUCUGCCGCGUCUACCCUGAGGGACUGGUUCACGCAAAGGACCAGCGAGGACGGCAAACGCCAAAAACAACGGACGAAACCAGAUGACGCCGGCGCAGAGAGAGCCAGGCUGAUGAAGAGGGAGAAGGCGAUGAAGCGCAGAGAAGAGUUUAAGCGAAACUUUUCCACCAUUCAGGAGGAGCUGGGGUUGCAAGUUCAUUCACGGUACCUCUAG